UUCCUUGACCUUAUCCCAAGUGGCAACUCCAUGUGGACACUAAGGGGGAGCUCCCAUCAUCACGAGUUGGAUCGCCAUGGCUGCCGCUUCCAUGUGUAACUGCAUGCUGCGCCUGCAAGCAACGCCGGCUCCUCCUCCCUAUCUCCACUAUAGAAACGGUGAUCCAAAGGGUAAGAACGAGCAACUUCCUUGUCAAAGCAGGAUGUACAGAAAUGGGAAGACGAAACUGAAGGCGGCUCCAGUUUUUGUUGGGGAGGAAGAAGAGAAGAACAAGAGUAGGCGUUUGAUGCUUCAGAUCCUCUUCUCUGCGAUCCCCUUGGCUUCUGCCGUCGAUCAUUCCAUGGCUGAGCCGUCCAGCCAAGGUGCUGAACAGUACCAGCUUUUCACAGAUGAUACAGAUAAGUUCUCGAUAUCGAUACCUCCAGAUUGGCUUGUGGGUCAAGGAGAAGCUGAUGCGAGCCGGACUAUUGUUGCAUUCUUUCCUAAGGGCAACACGAGCUCCAGUGUUAGUGUGUUAAUUACUGGUCUUAGCCCUGAUUUUACAAGACUGGAGUCCUUUGGCAAUGUUGAUGCCUUUGCUGAGAAUCUGAUUGGUAGCUUGGACAGAAGCUGGCAGAGACCUCCUGGAGUGGCUGCAAAGCUGUUAGACUCAAAAGCGAAGAAUGGUUUCUACUACAUAGAGUAUUCCUUGCAGAACCCAGGAGAAAGCCUUAAGCAUAUAUACACUGCCUUGGGUAUUUCAUCGAAUGGUUGGUACAACAGACUUUAUACAGUAACUGGUCAGUUUUUUGAGGAAGACUCAGAAAAAUAUGGAUCGACAAUUCAAAAGUCCGUUUCGUCAUUCAGAUUUAUCUGAGGCGUAAAGACUCCACGGCUUCUAUUAGUAUUGUUCUUCUGCACAAGAAAGCAGUGUAGCAUGGUUUCCUGCUGAUUGCAUAGUAUUGUUCUUCUGCACAAGAAAGCAGUGUAGCAUGGUUUCCUGCUGAUUGCAUCUAGCAGUUGCACAAUGUGGCCUUAUUUUCAGGCAUUUAUCCAAGCUUCUGUGCUUUUCCUUUUCAGAUGUAUAAACUUUUGAUUAAAAGUAAGUAUUAGUUUCAUUUUGCUUUGAGAA